AUGCUGCAGAACACAGGUGUGGUCAUGAAAAAGCGGAAGUCUCCGUACUCUCGAAAAGGAUGUCUGCAAUGCAAAAAAUCGCACACUAAGUGCGAUGAGACCAAACCCGCGUGUCUCAAAUGCGUGAAGCGCAACGUAGAAUGCACAUACAAGGUGAGCUUUGUGUUCCAGAAGGUGGAAACGGGGAAGGAUCGCGAGAGCGCAGGCGCAGCGGACGGGGCGGGGGCCGGAACUUCGAGCGAUGGAGGGUACGAGAACGUGGUACCCAAGGGAGACAGCGGCGCGGAGCCGAACCUGGAUCUGCGCGACUAUAUCUAUGUGUCGCCGACGGACCUCACGUUUCUGAACCUGCUGACGUUCGACACUCAGGCGGCAAAGGUGGCCGCGCCGUUCGUGCCCAGCGCGCCGCUCACAAACGUGUUCCAGCUGUCGUGGCGGAACGCGAGCUGGGUGGAGCUGUACGACACGCUCAAGGCGUACGACCCGAUCCAGGCGAUAUGCAACUCCGGCGCGGCCGUGGACACAGGCAUAAUUUCGCUAGACAGCCCGGAGCUGCUGAACUUCGUCUGGACAAUGAUGCGGUCGACCCUCGGGUGCGGGAACUUCAUCAUGUACCCGCAGGAGCGCUUUGACGUGUUUGUGGGGCUGUUGCUGGACGUUGCGGAGAAAUACCAAAUUGUGGAGCAGGCGGUGAUGUACGAUGUGGCGUUGCUCAUGAAGGAUAUUUACUUCAAAAAUGCCUUCAAAGACUACUCGCAUAUAUGGGACCGGUACGUGCGCAUGCCGAGCUUGAAACCGUGUUUAGACACGCUGCAGCAUCGCAUCAACAAGACGACUGAUUUUUCAGAGGUUGUCUCCCUGGCAUUGGCGGUGUUUCUCCUGUUUGCGGCGAACAGCACGUACCGCAACGCCGAAUGGCGCACGCAUCUGAAAGGAAGCUGGCAUAUGAUGCAGUCCGCCAUAGACUUUCUGCCUCGCGAACCCCUCACGUUCAUCAGCGGCCGCUGCAUGGAGCUGUACCAGCUUUUAAAGGACUGGUUCUGCCAUGCCGAGAUUCUGGCCUGCAUAACAUCUGACAACGGUGGCUCGAUACGUACCCUGACAGAGCUCAAUGGCUUGCUAUCAAAUGCCCCCUACUCCCAUCAUAAUAUAUUGGGCGGUCGGUACGACUUAAUCCGUGGAUAUGUUACUGAUCUCUUUCCCAUAUUCACCAAGAUUACGCUGAAGCUCCUGGAUUUGAAAUCACGUGGAGUGUCACUGCAUGGCACUAAUAUACUGAGGUUUUUGCUUGUGGAACACGAGGAAGCCGUAACCUUGGAACUACGCGGCUUUGGGCUCACCCUACUGCGCGAAUUGCAGGUAUGCAAGGUCACGGAUUUGGAGCUGUGUGAAAUUGUCAGAGACGUCUCUGACCUGCGGCUUCAAUACACAAUGAAAAAUAGCGCUAAAGUGUACCAUAUGACUUUGGAACUAUACGUCAAGGUAUUUUUUGUCUGCGUACCGUUGGACUCCGCAGAGCUGGUGAGCACCCUAGAGCAGAUCCUUGAGACUCUGUACGCCAUGCCAUACUAUACCACGAGCAGUGUCGCAUGUCACUGGGGGAUAUAUCUCAGUGCGUUAGUCUCUGCCCUAAUUGGGCAAAAAAACAUACACCUCCAUUUUGUAGAUAUUCUGUCGAAGCUGGCAAGCAAUGGUAUGAUCGUCGCGGCAAAUUCCAUCACCAGGCUUGCCUAUAUUUCGAGGACUCUUGAAAACAAGAAUUAUGAAGCCCUCGUAAAUCCAUCCCACGACUAUAUUGUAUAUUGA